CAGCAUGGGCGCGAGACCGUCGCGAUAAAUGGGCCUGCAGGCGAGCGAGCCGUCACUUGCUCACACUCACAGUGGAGCAGUGGAGCAGCAGAACAGAGCGAGCGAGUGAGAUCGAGAGGGAGGGAGAGCAGAGAGCAUGGGCUCAAUGGCGACCAGCGUAGAGGAGAUCGGCGCGGCGGUGGCGCCACAGGCGGUGGAGCGCCGCCUGGGCGAGCUGCGAGCGACCUUCGAGAGCGGCAGGACCCGGCCCCUGUCGUGGCGGCAGUCCCAGCUGCGCGGCCUCCUCCGGCUCCUCGCCGACAAGGAGGAGGAAGCGUUCCGCGCGCUCCACGACGACCUCGGCAAGCACCGCGCCGAGGCCUACAGAGACGAGGUCGGCGUGCUCACCAAGUCAGCCAACGCCGCGCUGCGGGAGAUCGGGAAAUGGGUGGCGCCGGAGAAGGCAAGCUCGACUCACUAUUUGGUCACUCUGCAAUGCAUACUGUUCGUUCGCAUCGCACCCCAGCUGCUUUUGGGGCCUAACUCCGCCGUGUCAUGGAUGGGGGCGCAGGUCUGGGUGCCGCUGGUGGCGUUCCCGGCGAGCGCGCAGGUGGUGCCGGAGCCGCUCGGGGUCGUCCUCAUCUUCUCCUGCUGGAACUUCCCCUUGGGUCUUUCUUUGGAGCCGCUGAUCGGGGCCAUAGCGGCGGGGAACGCCGUGGCGCUGAAGCCGUCGGAGCUGGCGCCGGCAACGGCCAAGUUCCUGGAGGAGAACAUAGGCGAGUACUUGGACGCCACGGCGGUGAAGGUCAUCCAGGGCGGCCCCGCGGUGGGGGAGCAGCUCAUGGAGCACAGAUGGGACAAGGUCCUCUUCACCGGGUGCCCGCGCGUGGCGCGCGUGGUGAUGGCGGCGGCGGCGAAGCACCUGACGCCCGUGGCGCUGGAGCUGGGCGGGAAGUGCCCCUGCAUCUUCGACGCCGUCGCCGGCAGGAGGAACCUCCAGACCUCGGUGAACCGCGUGAUCUUCGCCAAGUGGUCGUCCUGCGCCGGCCAGGCCUGCAUCGCCAUCGACUACGUGCUCGUCGAGGAGCGAUUCGCGCCCACCCUGAUCAAGGUGCUCAAGUCGACGCUGAAGAGGUUCAUCGCCGAUCAGGACCAGAUGGCGCGGAUCGUCAACGGGCGGCAUUUCCAACGGCUGAGUAACCUCCUCAAGGACCCGGCGGUGGCGGCAUCCAUCCUGCACGGCGGCGGCUUGGAUGCCAAGAACCUGUCCAUCGAGCCCACGAUACUGCUGAACCCGCCGCUGGACUCCGCGAUCAUGACCGAGGAGAUCUUCGGCCCUCUGCUCCCCAUCAUCACGGUGAAGAAGAUCGAGGACAGCAUCGCGUUCGUAAGGGCGCGGCCGAAGCCGCUGGCCGUGUACGCCUUCACCGACAGCGCGCCGCUGAAGCGCCGGAUCGUGGAGGAGACGUCGUCGGGGAGCGUCACCUUCAACGACGCCGUCGUACAGUUCGGGGUGGACACGCUGCCGUUCGGCGGCGUGGGGCAGAGCGGGUUCGGGCAGUACCACGGCAAGUACUCCUUCGAGAUGUUCAGCCACAAGAAGGCGGUGCUGCGGAGGGGCUUCCUGGUGGAGGCCAUGCUGAGGUACCCGCCGUGGGACAAGCAGAAGAUCGCCAUGAUGCGCCACCUCUUCCGCUACGACUACGUCCGCUUCAUCCUCACCUUCCUCGGCCUGCGGAAAUGAAUACAUGCACGUCUGGGUUCGGCCCAGGAAAUUAAUUAUUAUUCGGUGAAUGAGUGGAUGAACAAGUACAUGAAUAAACAUACCACGUUAGUUUGUACUUAUAAGGAUUGCGUAGCAGGUUUGCACUCGGUACUUGCUAGUGUACCAAUAAUAGAAGAAGAAUGUUCUUUUUGCAUCCAGUCUUGUCCAUGAUCC